UGGAUCAAAAGCUUUGCUGCAUUCAACAUUUCCUGCCCAUCUGGAAUGAUGCAAACUUUGCUUAGCUUCUGCCUCUUGGCCGCUGUCGCAGAUCUGGGAUCCGCCAUUCGAUGCCAGGCCUCCUACGACAUAGAGGACAUAAGCAGCAAUUGUACUAACCUUUUUAAGCCUUGUGACCGUGAGACUCACUCCUGUGGUACAAUAUUGUUGAAUACAACUAUAACCUUCAAUGGAACUUCCGGACCUCAGAGAAGAUAUAGAUUCACGGAAACAGUCUGUGCAACUGAAUCUUUCUGUGCCAGUGUUGGAAAUCCAAAUUUUGGCGUGGAGUUUCAGAUGGAGGAAUGCCAUCAAGCCACUCCCAAAGUUACAACCACCUCAAGAACGACAGCCUCCUCAGGCAUUAGAAGACAACAAGCUGUUCGUGGAUUCUCGAGAAUCGACAUGCAGUGCUUGGUGUCCCACGACAGAAAGAGAAAUUGUAAUAAUCUUGGCAAGACUUGUGACAAUAAGACUGUCCCCUGUGGUGAAGUACUGUAUGAUACAAGUCUGACAUUCAAAGGAAAGUCUGGACCUACAAGAAAUUUUGGACUAAUUUUAAUAGGCUGUGCGACUGAAUCUUUCUGUGCCAGUGUUGAAAAUCCAGAUUUUCAUGUGACAUAUCAGAUAGAUGAAUGCCAAGCAGUCACUCCUGGAGAUAUAACCACCUCGAGAACUACAACCAUGCUGAUACCUACAACCACCUCAGGGUGUGGAAGAAUAAUGCUAGCGACAGCUGGGGUCUACCUUCAGGCCCUCGGAUGCUUUCUAAUGGCCAAGGCUAUCUUUGAUCUGUGUUUUGUCUUGUCCAGGUAGCCUCACCAAGUUUCGACCUGCGGUGAGGGAUUUCCAGCUUCCACUGGGUAUUUCUUGUCAUCACUCAGCUGGGUGGAAGAAGAAACUCAGGAGGGAAAAUGAGGAUCAGUGGGAUGUGUCCUAAUGUGCCUGGAAGGGACAACAGCAUGUUGCUGGGGAUACUCUAGUAUUUGAGCAAAACUUUAUGGUAAAACUAGAGUGUCCCCCUCAACAUGCUGCUGUCACUUCCAGGUGUGUUGCUGGUGGCAUAAUUUCCUUGCUGUUGAGCCCCCUCUCUCCAGAGGGGACCUGGCAAUCCUAUGUACAGGUCCUGAGAACUUUGUGCAGAAGUUGAAUUCUGUCAUUUACACCCC